AUGGUAUCAAUGUCGGUUGAUCAGAUUGUCUCUCUCGUGGAAUCGCUAUACACCGCACACUCUCCAGAUGCCGUUGCGGAACUACAGAAUCGAUUGCAGAUCCUUCAAAAGUCCGAACAAGGAUGGGAGAUAGCAGAAAUGCUUCUGGCUCAGCCAUCGUUGAAUUGCCAAUUUAUAGGGGCAUUGACUUAUACUGUGAACCUGAACCUACACUCAGCCACGCUCGCCUCGUCUUCAUCUACAAUCACGUAUGCUACCAUCAUGACCAAGCUUCUGAGCCACUUGAGAGAUGUGGUUCGGGAGGAUCCAAACUUGAAAUCGCGAAUGCUGAUAAUCACCAAACUUCUAGCGAAUCUGGCGCUGAUUUUUACGCGGACCUUCCAGGACUGGAAAGAUCCUCUGAACAGUGUGGUGUCAUAUCUUACGAAUCAGCCCGAGACCACUUUGAAUUCAGAAAUCUUGCAAACUUUGCACCACAAGUUGAUAGAAAUUCUUCUUCUUUUUUCUCAAAUUACAGUGGAGGAUAUCACCAAGAAGGACGCUUCAGACGUGAAUAGAGUGGAGUUACAUCGCUGCAUUCACGAGGGCUUCUUCGCGACAACUCAGACCAUCAUGGCGUUUGCUGUUGAACGUUACGAAGAAGCUUUGGCUUCUACAUGGCUUGACUGUAUGUCUUCGUGGAUUCAGUAUAUAUCUGUGGCGCAGCUGGAGUCCACGGAGAGAUACGACGCUUCGGUGAUGCUUUCCAAUCUGUUCAAACUGUUGGUCGAUUCGAAAGGCGAGGCCCGCGUGAUCACGGUUGUCACAGAUAUAUUUGACACCAACCCUGGAAUGAUGAAACAAGAACUGAAUAAAACUCUGGAAUCACUUCUGUUUGGGAGUUGGGGUAUCGAAUACCUGAACACCCACGGCCAUGAUCACGAGGCUGUGAAUAUGUUUUCCAGACUCGUGAUACGAUUCUUGGAAGGUAACCUGGUGAGUCUAUCAGCCAGUCUUUAUGACGACCAGAGUAACGAAAAGUUCGAGUUCUUGAUAUCACUCUCAAGUUUCCCGGGAACGCCCAUCAUUGACGAGAUGAACUCGGUAGACUUCGUGGACUUCUGGUCGCAGAUGGCAGAAUGCUUUGUAUCUGACGGUGAAUAUUUUUCGCUCUUGCUGAAGAAUGAUGAGAGUUCAAUGGCUAGACUUACUGAUAAGUCGAUAGCGCUGUUUUCCAGGGUAGCACAAAUCUACUGGCAGAAGGUGCAUAUUCCAGACGAUGUGGCCGACUUCAAAGAGGAAUUCGACUCGUUCAGAAGGGACGUGGCUGACUUCUUUGAAACCAUUUACUCCAUUGUCGAGUUCCCACUGUUCGAUAAUCUAGUGAAAUCAAUCAUCGAGGGCCUCACAACUUCCUCGUCUCUCUCGGAUCUGGAGGCAUCGCUGUUUCUCAUGAACGCGGUCUCCGCAAAUUUCAGUGAACAUACGAUAAGCGACGAUGUGUUGAAAAGUCUGGUGAUGGUGAUGGACUCUGACUUGUUGAAAGUGGUCCAACAAAGUAUCAGCUUCGGUCAAUCUCUGCAAUAUCCCAUCCUCACAACGGUCCAAUUUCUGGCCUCAAUCGAUUACUUUUAUAGACACUCCGUUGGAGUGCCCUAUCUGUCGACCAUUCUCAAUUUCUUAUUCGGAUGCAUGUUGAACUCAAAUCAGUACAGUCUGGUUGCUUCAAAGGCCAUCUCCAAGAUAUGCAACGAGUGUCGCCAAUAUCUGGUUGAUUUCAUCCCAUACUUUGACGAUCUGCUCACCGAGAUGAUCUCAAACUAUAACGUGGAGCCACUCAUAAGGCAGAGAAUCAUCAACUCGCACGCCUCAAUUGUUCAGAGUAUCAAAGAUCCUGAAAUCCAGAGUCACCAUCUUAAAAAAAUUCUGACCUUGAUUCGCCAAAGGUCGUUGGAGGCCAUCAGAGAGUUCGAUAAUCCCCAACUACCAAGAGAGGAAAGGGAAAAACAGCUGGCGUACCUCAUCAGUUUGCUAUCGUCAGUCAAAGAGAUUGGCAGAGGCAUGAAACUCCCCGACGAUGUGGACCAGAUCUAUAACGCAUCGGAAAUUGGCGUCAUCAAAGAGUUCUGGGAGAGGGACCCAAUGGGCAUACACCAGAUAGUGAUAGACACUGUUGGAGCAUUUGCGCUGGAGAGCAGGAUGCUAUCCAAGAGUCUCAGAAUAACUGAGGAAGCAUGCAAUAUUCUUCAAUCGGGGAUGAGUGAGUCCAUCGGUGGGCCCUUUGUGUUUGAAAAUAACGUUCCACUGAACUUCAUUCAAGCCAGAUGCAGCAACAAAGAGGCUGACCCAAAGUCUUUUCUAGAUACUCUGCCCUUGCUGUUUUCUUUGCUGUCUGCAUUGUUCAACUCGGCGUUCAGAACUCUGGACCAGAAACCUGUCGAGGAGAUCUUGCAACUGCUGCUUAUAGACAACAUGGUAAUCGUCAAGUCAGACCCAGACAUCCUGCAGAGUGCGCUGAGUGCGGUUACUACUUUGGUUGAGAAACGACCUUCUUUGCUUGUGCACCUUCCUCUUUUCUUUGACUCGAUUCUUCCUUUUGCUCUUGAUCAACUCAAGUCCAAGGAGAGGUAUGUUUUGAAGGCGACCGAGAAAUUUUGGGUGCGUCUCAUUGCUUUGCGCAGAGGGGGUCAGCAGGACACGAUCUCUGUGCAGAGGAUGUUUCUGGAGACUCCUUUGGGCGAAGUGCUACUGCUCACGGCCCUGGAAAAUAUGUUGGAGUCGCCUCGAUCCAACGUUGACCUGUAUAUCGAGGUUAUCAAGGUCAUCGUGGUAAAAUACCAGCGGAUGGUCAAGCAGUGGAUGACUGCUUCUUUCGUCAAGAUCGAUCAGCUUAGACAAGAACGCGGAAAACAACCCGUUCCAAGCUCUGCCGUCUUCAUCAGCAAGGUACUGGUCACUAGAGGGAUGGGUGGGUGCAAUCGUGUGAUCAACGAUCUCUGGCUACAGGUCAAUGGGCUGGUAGACUACAAUACUCGUUAA